CGAUGCCUGUCAAAGGUUCAACACUCUGUAUGCGCGCAAGAGCACAUUCUACUAAAUGCUUCUAGCUCGCUUCACCCUUCGGGUGACCUGAGACUUUCCACAUUUUGUUUUCGUGACAUGAAUUGUACGUGUUUCCCGGUUGGGCUGCUGUGACACUGGCGACGAUUCUUAUUCCCUCUGCUGUGAUACCCAUCUCGAGCAUCUGAGCGUUUCAGUUCAAGUUCAUAGAUCAGGCAGUGAAGAUGGCCGCAAUGGCGCCGUUGACUCCAAUUACUCCGCUGGAUGGCGAGGUGGAGAUGUUCACGCGGGGCAAGAUGCAGCCGCUGUUCUCCAUCGACUCCGCUUUUUCACAUCGGCAGUCUAUGCUGUCUGUCGUUCACGAAGUAGACACACCCAGCACCCUUUUAGAGGUCCCGGCAAAGGAGAAUGGGUCAGCUAAAGCCCGCCCGCUGUCUGAAUUCACCGAGAUAUUCGAUGAACUCGACGAGAUCGAAGAUGAGUUGAGCGAGUUCGAGGAAGAUUCAGAGGAGGGUACACUAGAGGAACCACAGGAUGAAUUCGAUUUUCAAAUGCAUGAGGGUCGGCGAAGCCAAAGCACCAUAUCGACGUACGAUGAAAUUGCCACGCCUCAGUCAGUGAAGCGAAUGACUUUUCCCGGCCCGGAGACACGAAGGUCCGUAGAAGGUCCAAGAGGUCCGCACUUGUUCCGGGCCUCAACUGCUUCGGAAUUAUCCUUUGAUUUUGCGCUACAACUGUCCCCCAUUGUCCCAAAGAAGCCAGAGCUCGUGAUUGACACCGCCGUUCGACGGUCAUUUAACGAGACCACGCCGACUACAAUCGCCAAUGUUCCCGCCACGUUUCAGGCUUCAGAAGAUCAGUGGAACCAGGACGAGCCUGACACGUGGACAGCUGAGCAGGUAUCGCUCUGGAUGUACAAGACUGGUAUUGAUUCAGCUGUGAUUGAGAAGUUCGAGCAUCACGAUAUAACUGGCCGUGUACUUCUUGAUCUCCAGUUCGAUGAUCUGAAAGAUAUUGGUAUCGAAUCGUUCGGCAAGCGUCAUGAACUCUGGAGUCACAUUUGCAGUCUUCGAGAUGGUGACGCGGGAAUCAGUCCUGUUCCAACACCUUUCCAAGACACAAGUCCGAGGCGCUCUCAAGGAUCCAGAUGCUCACAUCGGCGUAGUGGGGAUGCGUGUGAUGAACCACCUUCCCCGAACGGGCUCGGAAGUGGCCAUCGACGGAGGAGGAGAUAUCGCGCAAAUCCACACGACCCAAUCACCCCGAUGGAUUCCGUUUCCAUUGUCGCAAUCGAGCAAUUAAUCCCCAGGCCACACAAGUGCUCGAAAGGUGAAAACUGCUCCAAGUGGAAGAAACAGCAGAGACUGAUGAAGAGAUUGCAAGAAGAGCAUGGGUUUCCGAUAUCACCUGAGAAUGGUGGGCACAUCUGGAUGGCGGGUGAUCCGGGUAAUGCUCGUACUGCACCAAAUCUCGUCGAAAAUGCGUACAGGCCAGUGUCGGAAGCAGAGCCAUCUGUGGUUGGACCUUCUGUGGUGGCAUCAUCCGAUGUUCUUGGGCCUGGCGACAUGCCGACAAUCGCUCUUCAAGCAGACGCCCUGAAGCGCGUGCAGGAGCGUGAUGCGCAGGACAAUGUCAAGAACUUUCUGGCGCUUCAGCAUGUGGAGCCACCGGCAAUUCCAGAGCCAACCUCGCCCCUGCCAGCUUUUGAGGAGCAGAAGUUUGAGAUGUUUCCUGCUGCGCACGUUAACCCAGCGUAUGCGGCUCCCCUGACCGGACUUCAGACUUUGCCGCGUCUUCAAAUACCAAGAGCAGCAACUGCUGUACCUGUUCAAGACCACGUUGGCAAUCUCUCCGCCAUCCAAGAUCCCUUCUCCGCAUUUUCUUCGUCCCGUGCAUCGCUGGUACCGAAUGGUGGCAUGUACAGAUUUGGAACUCCAGCAUCUGACAUGGACGUUCCGGUCACGAAUGUUCCGCUUGGGCCUAUUUCUCGAGACACUUCUCAAUCUGUGCCCCCAAAUAUGAUAUAUCGCGAUCCUAUUCGUAAUUCCCGUCAAGACUGGAGGAUCGCUCAGCCAUUGCCAAGUCUAAACGAGAACGAGGUGUUCAGCCCGGCGACAAGCAGUGAUACCAUGUCACGACGAACUUCGGAGCAGACUUUUGGCAGUGGUGAUAUAUCCUCGCUGAAGACCGAAGGCAAGCUAGCUUUUUCGGAGGGCAACAAGAAGAAUCUGGAUCCGCGAUAUCCAGGCGUCAACCACGCGGGCUGGAUGAAGAAGCGCAAGACAAAGCUUUUAAGGCACGAAUGGAACGAGCAUCAUUUCAGGCUUUCCGGCAACCAGCUUAAGAUGCACCAGAAUGACAUCCCCCAAGCAGCAAUCUUAGAGACCUUGAACAUUGAUGAAUAUGCUGUGGCCUGCAGCAGUAUUGCAUCUAACAAACUCGCGGCCAAGCUCAAAGCGCUGAAGAUUGCAAAGGAUAAAGAAAAGGAUGCCUCCAAAGACUCUUCCUUCGAGUUCCAGCUCGUACCCGACCAGAUGUCUAAGCAGGGCAAAUCGCAUCACUUCGCGGUCAAAACGAGGGAUGAGCGCAUUGACUGGAUGCGGGAGCUCAUGCUCGCAAAGGCUCUACGUGCGAAGAAAGACGGGUUGGUCGUCGAGGUAAAUGGGAAGGAAGUUUGAACAACUUGCCUCAGCCGCGAGAACCUCGUAUCAGCGUGAGUUUAAGGCCGGACAAGUAUGGAAGUCAUUUAUACCCAUUUGACGAUAUCACUUGAAUAUAUGACGUUCAGUGAUGAUGAUCUACGACGAUAUGGUUUUUUUUUUAUUUAAGCACAGAUAACCACUUUGACAUUUCAACUCCUCACAUAUAGUUUAUACUUCACUUAGCGACUCGCGUCGUUCGAUGUAAAUAGUUCAAGCUUGACGAGAAAAGAACUUUGGAAGAGAAUCUCACACCAUCCCGGAAA